AUGCACGCCAGAUUCGUUUGUAAUUCUUCAACACGCUUUCCCAUCGACGUCACCAUCAAGUAUCGAACCUCUUACUCCGUGUCUGAAGAGGAUUGCCUCCAGAAAUUGACACAUCGUUCUCACUCGGACGGUUCUGCUGAUGCCAGCCAUCCAACCUAUCCCGCUUCCACUAACUUGACGAAUGCUGUGACUUCUGGUAAUCCUACAGUCAAGGAUAGCAAGAGCCUCGAAAACGGGGUUUGCGGUGUCUCGUUUAACCAGUUGGGAUUAAUUCCACAAGCCGUGGGUUACGAAUCAUCACGGUCCUGGAAUAUCGCUCCGGAGGCCGGAACCAACCAAGAAAUGUCAGACCCUACUGGCCUUUCUAGCCAUCCUACCAACAGAGAACGUGAUAUUAACGCACUCAACGAAGUGGUUCCUGAAUCCCAGGAUAUCUCUCAUGCUUCUAUACAUGAGCGUUGCCAUUCGAGUACAAGCUUGGUCUCGAUUUUGGAUGGCGAGCGUGGGGAUGAAUUAACUGUUGCACACGAUGCGAAUUUGCACGCAGAUAAUAAAAUAUUCCUAAUCGAAGACAACGAUGACGGAGACGAAAUAACUUUUGCAAAAGGUGUGCAGUUGCGCGCAGAUGAUGAUAUAAUCCUAAUCGAAGACGGCGAAGACCUCGAAUUCAAGCUCGAAACCCAACUUCUUGAAAAGCCCGAAUUCGACUACUUGCGCUCAGCAAUUGUAAAUGAAAAGCCUAAACCCAGGCCAAAACCUAAAUUCCAUCCAUUACGCAAUCCCCCUAUCACUAGCCCUUAUUUCGAAUGUGGAACUUAUCUCCAUGGAAAUCUCAAUUUGAGACCAAAGAAAACUAUAGAAUUAGAAGACGGCGAUUUUGUCUACAUCAAGCAUAUUGUGAAGCAUGUCAAGCCUGAAGAUAGUCGUGGCUCUAGUCUCGCUAGCGCCCAAAAUUCUUCUAUCAUGAUUCGAGGUUUACGGUUGCAGAGAUGCAAAUUUUUGAACGGCAUGCUGGAAAGGAAGAUGAAUGAAGUCUGUCUAUGUUACGAGAUUGACUUGGAUGACCCACGUGAGCCUGAAGAACAAAGUCUUGUCGAAGUACCCUUGACCUCUAUCAAGGCCUUGCGCAGCCUUCAUUGGACAAAUCACAACUACCCUGAGCAUCGCAACCUCAAUCGCGACGAUUUUGCAAAUGAUGAAGAUGCGUACAACAAAGGAGGGCUCACUGUCCGUUGGAAAUACUCUUGUACAUAUGCUUCAGCCUCAGCUAGAGAACAGAACAUAUACACAGAGCGAACUCUAGAGCGAAUCACGGAAGAACUGUUGUCAUCGGUUCAUGAAAAUCCACGCCCACACCAGGUAUCAAACACGCAAUUGAGGACAGAAUGGCGUGGAGAAACGAUUCCCGGUGGUACUUAUGUACCAGAAUACUAUGAGCUUGACGAAGGAGAUGAUUCAACAACCGAAGUAGAACAGCCUCAAAAUUCUGCCAUGACCGAUCAUAUUCAAAGUCCAUCCAAUUCAAUCAUAAUUCUUAAUGAUGAAGAUGAUGGUGCUUCUCCACCUCUUAGAUCUCAGCAGCUCGAGGCAGACAGUAUUCAAGUCAAGCGCAAGUCGGAUUUCCCUUCCUCUUCAGAUGCAGAUUCCGAUCAAGAUAAUCAGCCAGCAAAGAAAGUCCGUCAAGUUUCCAAGGAUAGGAUUGAAACGAUCAGGCAGCGUCUAGGCCGCGUAAUACUUUCAUUCGAUGGUAAAGAUUAUGUCGAGAAAUCUUAUAACAUAGGGGCUUCCUCAGAGGUAGAUACAAGCAAUAAAUUCAGGAAACUUCCUGCUCCUAGAAGACAAGUUCGUCAUGCAGGUAGCUCAGCUAGAUGUAAGGGAUUGAGAGGCAGCAUUCCUCCAAAAGUAAGAGCUCUUCCAGCCCCACAAAGGAGCAGCCCUGGGAACUCUCAAAAUUUCUACUCCAUGUCUAGUCUUUCCGGCAUUUUCUCAUCAAUUCCGCCUCAAAUUGACGUUACUUCCUCUGAGUUAGCCUCUCCAUCUCCCGUCGGGGUUAUCGACCUAUCAUCCUCACCCAACCACUCUCGCUCCUCUUCAUUAGUCCAAUCUAACGUCUCAAUCUCACACUCACAAAACCAAGCACACACUCUCUCUCCCGGUCAAACUCUCACCUACGGCGAUGCAUUCUGCGGAGCAGGUGGUACCACUCGCGGCGCAGUCAUGGCUGGUCUCCGCGUAAAAUGGGGUUUUGACUUUGAUCCCCAUGCGUGCACAACCUGGCGUCUCAAUUUCCCCUACGCAACUUGCUACGAAAUGUCCUCCGAUCGCUUCGUGGCUCUUGCUACUCCUUCUCCAUAUUCCUCCUUCACUCCUAAUGAUGUCAAAGUUGAUAUUCUGCAUCUGUCACCUCCCUGUCAGUAUUUUUCACCAGCGCAUACACAAGAGGGGAAAAAUGAUGAGAUGAAUACCGCUAGCUUGUUUGCUGUGGCUGCUGUUAUUAAAGUGGCGAAACCGAGGGUUGUGACGUUGGAACAGACGUUUGGGAUUUUGUAUCCGAGGUUUAGGGGAUAUUUUUCGAGUUUGAUUUUAAUGUUUACAAGUUGUGGAUUUUCGUUAAGGUGGGCUAUUGUGCCAUUGGCUCAAUGGGGACUUCCACAAAGACGAUUUCGCUUGAUUAUUAUCGCAUCAUGGCAAGUUUCUACUAAACUUCCUCUUUCAUACACUUUAACUAACAAUGGCCUCAGCCCAGGCGAGCCCCUUCCCCCAAUGCCACCACCAACUCACUCAUCCCCUUCUUCCCCGCUCCCCAACACCCACCCCUUCAAAACUGUUUACCAAACCCUGCGCGAAAUUCCACCUUACGCCGCCAACCAUUCCCCUCAUCUCCUUCCCGAGAAAGAUCUCAAAGCAUACAGUCCCCACGCCAUUCUUCCCCACACAAUGACCACCAGCUGCUGUGAAAACUGGCAUCCUAGCGGCAAACGAGGAUUUACUGAUCGCGAAUUUGCGUGUCUACAGGGAUUUCCAUUGAAGCAUCGUUUUGGACCGAAUGGGAUUAAGAGACAGAUUGGGAAUGCGGUGCCGCCUGUUGUUGCGAAAGUGUUAUUUGAGGGGAUUAGAAGGUUUAUGGAAGAGACGGAUGGGAUUGUUAGGGAUGAGCAUGGGGGAGGUGGAGAUGGUGGGUUGGGUGAUGCGAUGGAUGUUUGUGGGAAGGUGGAGGGGUACCAGACUGUGGAUGGUGAUUGUGAAGUGAAGGUUCUUGUUGAGGAGUCGAGUAAGACGAAUGAGGAACUGGAGCAAAUGGCUUUGUUGGAUAAAGAAAGUGAGGAUGAGGAUGAGCUGUUGGGAAUUGGGAGGGCGGUAAAGCCUAUUAUUAUUGAUUAA